AUGGCGCUGGCCGCACGUCUUUCAUCCCGCCUGCUGCUCCCUCGGCCGCUGCCUGGCAGGGCCGCGCGUGCCUGGGCUGCCGGCGCAGCCGGGGUGGGGCCGCCGUUGGCGGGACUGUGCUGCACCUGCCGCCGCCGUCUCGGUUCGGGGGUAGCCCGUUGUCCUCGAGCCACUGGCGCCUCGGCGGCCUGGGCGCUGCCUGCCCGCGGCGCCCGGGGACUCGCCGCCGCCCUCCCGGCUUUCCCCGCCUGUCCGCGGCGCAGCUACGGCACCGAGGAGAAGCCGCAGCAGCGCCAGAAAACCAAGAUAAUUAUUCUGGGGGUCUCCAACCCCAUCAACUGGCUUCGGACUCGAAUUUACGCCUUCCUUAUCUGGGCCUAUUUCGACCAAGAAUUCAGCAUCGCAGAAUUCUCCGAGGGGGCGAAGCAGGCUUUUGCUCAUGUGUCUAAGUUGCUGUCACAGUGUAAAUUUGAUCUAUUAGAAGAACUUGUGGCCAAAGAGGUGCUACAUGUAUUGAAAGAAAAGGUUACUUCACUACCAGACAACCAUAAAAAUGCCCUUGCUGCUGACAUAGAUGAAAUUGUGUACACAUCAACAGGAGACAUUUCUAUUUACUACGAUGAGAAAGGAAGGAAGUUUGUUAACAUCCUGACGUGCUUUUGGUAUCUAACCAGUGCCGACAUCCCCAGUGAAACUUUAAGUAGAGCCAAUGUAUUCCAAGUUAAGUUGGGGGAUCAGAAUGUGAAAACUAAACAACUUCUCACUGCAAGCUAUGAAUUUCGGAGAGAGUUUACACAAGGAGUAAAGCCUGUCUGGACCAUUGCACGGAUUGAACACUCAAAGUUACUAGAGUAAUCUUUCUUCAAAAAUCAACUUUUUUGGACUUUUAGCAAUUGCUGUGAAAAACUAAGGAAGAAAAAUUUUUGGAUCAAUUGAUCUUCACUUAGUCAAGUCUGUGGAUUACUUUUGUAUUAUUUUGAAAUACUCCUUGUAGUAUAUUGGUAUGAUACAAUAAAGCAUUUUCCACA